AUAAUGAAUUAAAAAGUAGGUUACAAGGCCAUGUUACAAGGUCACUAACGUCAAAUAGGAAUAAUGUAUAGUAUCUAUAGCAUGCAUGUAUAAAAGAAUAGUAUAUGGCUUAAAUGGGCUCGGUAGGGGUGGUGCGUAAAAAGUUUGAGUGCGCACCAGUUCCUGAAUUUUUGCGAUUUUUGUUUGUAUUGACAUUUUACUAGGACGAAACUAAACUAUAAAAACCGAAAAAGCGAAACGUAACCUCAAAAUGUGGUAGACGAAACCGUGAAAGUCGUAAUAAUAGAAAUAGCAAUGGAAAAUGACCACCGAUAACAGAAAUUCUGGUGGUGACUCGAAAGGAAAACAGAAAAAAUCCAUUAGUAAGUUGCUUUUACCCUAUAAACCUAACAAAGUUGGGGUUGAACCGAGAGCAAAAGAAUCAGUCGCACAUUCCACGAAUGUAUUGAAAGCACACUCUUUCCGAGGGACUGUCCUUGAGAGGCCACUUAGUUUAGAAGUUAAUCCCAGCAUGAAAGUUAAGGAGGUAAAUGGUUACAUAAGGAAGAGCAGUAGUUUUUCUGAAAAUGAUCUUCAUCUGAAGUCACCAGAUUCUUAUUGUGAAGGGGACAUUCUAGAAAAAAGUGCUUCUCAUAAUAACCUUUUAAAACCAGAGAGCAGUAAAUCAAAUUCAAGUACUGAUAACUUGGCAAGAAAAGCUUUGUUAGCUGCCCACGUGUUACGUUUGAUACCAACAGCAACUGCAAGACAAAGGAACUAUUUACAAGGGAGAAUUGGUGCUCACUCUUUACUAGGUGCUGUAGAGUUGGAGAAAACUUUGCCUGCUCGUCAAGUAACUGUAUUUGUUGGAACAUGGAACAUGAAUGGUCAGUGCUCCCCAAGGGAAUUAAAUGAUUUUGUUUUGCCAACUGGACUUGAACAUGUACCUGAUAUUUUAGUAUUUGGAACUCAAGAAACAACUCCUGAAAGAUUUGAAUGGGAAGUUAGUCUUCAAGAGACUUUAGGGCCUUCUCAUGUUCUUUAUCAUUCCACGUCUUUAGGUACAAUACAUUUGGCCAUAUUUUUAAGACGUGAUUUAAUCUGGUACUGUUCAUUGUCAGAUGAUUCUAGCCUGUCAGUCCGGCCGGGUACCGCGUUCCGUACAAAAGGUGCUGUAGCUUCAGCUUUCAUUUUGUUUGGCACUUCUUUCCUUUUUGUUACGGCCCAUUUAACUGCCCAUCAGGAGAAAGUUAAGGAACGAGUAUCAGAUGUGAAAAAGAUCGUUCACUCAUUAGAUUUACCUCGCAUUUUGCCGAUUAAAAAUAAAAGCAGAGAUGUUACUCAGAAUUUCGAUUAUGUGUUUUGGUUUGGUGAUUUGAAUUUUCGUUUAGCAUCACCAAGAAGUAAAGUAUUAGAAUGGAUAUCGAGUACUAGUUUUCCUUUACCAUCCCACAUGCCUCAUGGAUAUAUGCAUCACGAUCAACUGUGUACGGUUCUGGCUGAUGGGGCUGCUUUCCACGGUUUUACAGAAGCAAACAUUACUUUCCCCCCCACUUAUAAAUAUGAUCCUGGCACACAAAACUUUGAUUCUUCGUCGAAACAAAGAACUCCGGCCUAUACCGACCGAAUACUUUAUAAGCAGCGUUCUCAAAGAAGACUGAACAGCGAAAACGAUCACACACAAAUUGAGUGUGUAGUGUAUGAUUCUGUUUCUUCUAUCAAAACUUCUGAUCAUAAGCCAGUUUGGGGAGUUUUCAGAGUCAAAAUUCGACCUGGGAUUGAUACUAUCCCUUUAGCAGCUGGCCUGUUUAAUAGGGAUGUAUAUCUAGAAGGAAUACACAGAAGGGCAACAAGUGGGAACGAAAACAAACCGGGAUCUGCAAAUUUGUUACAAGAACUGACCGACCCUACGCAAGAAAUAAUUUUUCAUUGUCUUUAAAAUUGCAAUCUGACGAAGCUGAUGAUGCCAAUCCUCAAUCGGCAAGAAUCGCUCAAAUACGACAAAGAAAAGCGAUAAUAACUGAAAAUCACAAUCACGAUGCUAGGACUUUAGCUUCAGGUAGGGGUGAAGA